UGGAGCGUCAUCUUUUACCCGCCGAUAACAGAACGCGAUUUUUUUGCCCGUGUUUCGAAUGCUUUUUGUGUCUUGUUGUUGUACGUGACGAGCGGUGAACUGAAAUCGAAUCAAUUGUUGAAAUUUUCAAUGAAUGGCAGUGGCAAACAAUUCAAUGAAUUGAAUUGGCUGGGGUGGCGACCGAGUAAGUGAUCUUUUGGGACCUGUUUUUCGAAAAUUCUAGACUACAACUGUAUAAAUAUCAGUACAUUAACCUAUGACCAGAGCUAGCCCCAUUGAAACACCCACGAUGGGAACAGCCGCCUCGGAUUCAGAGCUGGAAAAUGUGGAAGUGGCAUCGCAGACCCAAACGCAGGAUAAUCUGCGCAUAUUUUUAAAACAUUUGUAUGCGGAGUGCGUGUACCGAUACCAGAAUGUCACAUACGAUACGGACGACCCGUCAUUUUCGCUGGGGGCAGCAACAGACUACGAUUUCGACUUGCCGGAGAGCUUCAGCCCGGUGCCGCGCUAUCUGGAGAACGCCGCACUGAACGAGGGCGCCAUUGACAUGCGGAACGUGGACGCGGAGCUGGCGGAGAAGGAGGAGCUGGUGGCCACCGUCGUCAGUGCCACGAUGGCCACAAAUCAGCGGGCGGAGCCACGGCUCUUCUGCCCCCUGAACUUUGACGGAUAUCUCUGCUGGCCAAGGACUCCGGCCGGCACCGUGCUGAGUCAAUAUUGUCCCGAUUUCGUCGAGGGAUUCAACAAAAAAUUUCUGGCCCACAAGACCUGCCUGGAAAAUGGCUCCUGGUUCCGUCAUCCGGAGAGCAAUCAGACCUGGUCCAAUUACACCAACUGCGUGGACUACGAGGACCUGGAGUUUCGCCAGUUCGUCAACGAGCUGUACGUGAGGGGCUACGCCCUCUCCCUGCUGGCCCUACUCAUAUCGAUUAUAAUCUUCUUGGGCUUCAAAUCCCUGCGCUGCACCCGCAUUCGGAUCCAUGUGCAUCUGUUCGCCUCGCUGGCCUGCACCUGUGUGGCCUGGAUUUUGUGGUACCGCCUUGUGGUGGAGCGUCCUGAAAUCAUAGCCGACAAUCCGCUCUGGUGCAUCGGCUUGCAUCUGGUGGUGCACUAUUUCAUGUUGGUCAACUACUUCUGGAUGUUCUGCGAGGGUCUACACCUGCACCUGGUGCUCGUUGUGGUCUUUGUGAAGGAUACGGUUGUGAUGCGCUGGUUCAUGGUCAUCAGCUGGUUCUCGCCGAUUCCCAUUUCCCUCGUCUACGGAUUGGCCAGGCAUUUCAGCAGCCCGGACAAUAAACACUGCUGGAUAAAUGACUGUCUUUACCUGUGGAUCUUCUCAGUGCCCAUAACCCUCUCGCUGCUGGCUAGUUUCAUUUUUCUGAUCAACGUUCUGCGGGUGAUCGUGAGGAAGUUGCAUCCCCAGUCCGCCCAGCCCGCUCCGUUGGCCAUCCGGAAGGCGGUACGGGCCACCAUUAUCCUGGUACCGCUCUUCGGGCUGCAGCACUUCCUGCUGCCCUACCGGCCGGAUGCCGGGACCCAGCUGGAUCACUUCUACCAAAUGCUAUCCGUGAUCCUGGUCAGUCUGCAGGGCUUCGUGGUCUCCUUCCUGUUCUGCUUCGCCAACCACGAUGUCACCUUUGCCAUUCGCACCCUGCUCAACAAGCUGCUGCCCAGCCUGGUGACCCCACCGCCGGCCGGGAGUAAUACUGGACAGAUGGCCACCACCACGCCCAGCCGCGAGUUGGGCGUUUAAGACGUACCGCUCCAGGGUCGAUCGAAAUGUCGAUCACAUUGCCACGCAAAGAUUUUGAACAGCUCGCAGGAAAAUAGAGAUGCUUUCAGUAUUUUUUAAAAAAUAAUUUAAAACUUCAGAACAGAUUAGGGUGGUUGACUUAAUUGUCAAGUAAUUUGUCAAAUGGAAUCUAAUUUAAUUUUUAUUACCUUUUACAAUGGUAAAAAAAAUCACUUUGGGCAUUAAUAUUUAAAAGGAGAAACGAGUUUUCAUUACCUGUGCUUUUAUGAUUGCCAAAUCAAAUUGUUUUCUAUUGCCUUUUAAAUACUGAUGAAGUACUUUAAUUGAAUAAUGGUAAUAAAUGCUUACUGUAAGCAUUAUUAUAAGUUUUUUUUUUUAAAUUUAGUAAAAACUGUUAAACUCCUAAAUUUAUAAUUUUUAAAAACAUAUAAUCAGAUAAAUUCCCAGAUUACCCUAUGGGCAUUCUUGUCAUGAAAGAAUCUAGUCGCUGCUUUAAAAUGAAAUGUUAAAAAGUUUGAAAAAAAAAAUUUAAGACGCUUUAAGAAAUUACUACACCUUCCUCAAAAAUACCUCAAAAAAAUUUACGGAAACAAAUUUAACUUUUUCAAAAAUUUCAAAUUAAUUAUGAAAAAGUUAAACAAGUUGUAAAUGUAUAAGGCAGUACUUAAACUUAUUUUAUUUUAAAUAUAAAAUAUACAAAUACACAUACAAAAUACACAGCUUGGACUUUCCAAAAAAAAAUAGAUAACAACAUUAAAGUUUUUAAUGUCUAUAUAAGCCAUAUAAAUUAUUAAAUAGUGGGUUGCCCUUCUAGGUUUCAUGCAGCUAUCCCUGAUGAAACAAAGAAAACUGUUUAUUUCAUAUCCAGAGUAAUUACGGGAAUCAAGUGUCAACAAUAUAAAUGUUCCCCAAACGAUUUUAACACAAAAUACUAUGUGUAAUAUUUUAUGAUAUGAUAUAUAGUCAAAUACAAGUCCUGAGAGGAUAUAAGUAGAGGCACAAAAUGAAACAUACGUACCCGCGUACCUAAAGAAAUGUUUUUUUUUUAUAUUUCAUUAAGAUAAAUAUGAUAUAAUGAUAUUUAUAAAUAAACAUAUGUAAUGUUUUGAUGCUGUUAAUGUCAGAUAUUUAUGGUGUUUAUCCCACUUAACCAAUAAAUACGUAGUGAAUAAAUCAUAAUUGUAUAAUUGUCA